GAGGAGGUCUAUAAACUGUAGUUCCUCACUAGCCUCCACACACAGUCGUCUCCUGCUCUCCACCUCAGGAUAUUUCUCUCCUCUCGAAGGAACUCGAUCCUCGGCAGCCAUGGGCGUUGAGGGGGGAAUGAAAUUUGUGAAGUUCCUGCUCUUCUUCUUCAACUUCAUCUUCUGGUUAUGCGGCCUAGCACUGAUCGUGGUGGGGAUCCUGGUCCAGGUGGCUAUGCACGACACGCCCAUGAUCCAUGAUGCGACCGCCUCCGGAGGUCCCAUCGUCGUCAUCAUCGUCGGUGUGGUGAUCUUCUUCAUCGCCUUCUUCGGCUGCUGUGGAGCCUGGAAAGAAAACUACUGCAUGGUUACAAUGUUUGCCAUCCUUCUCUGCCUGAUCAUCAUUGUUGAGAUUGCCGCAGCAAUCGCUGGAUACGUCUUCAGGAACAAGCUCUCAGAGGUCGUCCAGGAUAGCCUGACUGAAAUGAUUGACAGAUACAACAACGGCACAGACGAAUUCAGAAAGAGCGUGGAUAAACUGCAGGAGGAUUUGAAAUGCUGCGGUGUGAACAGCUCCUCUGACUGGAGGAACUUCAAACCUGCAGGAAACUCUGUGCCGGACUCGUGCUGUGUGAAUGUCAGCACAAACUGUGGAGCUGGGGCCAUGAUGGACCCUGUCAAAGUUCACCAGGCGGGUUGUCAUGACGCUGUGGUGGAUGUCCUGAAGGAAAACAUCCUCUGGGUGAUAGUUGCAGCUCUUGUAAUUGCUGGCUUGCAGAUACUGGGCCUUGUCUUCGCCUGCUUAAUGAUGAAAGGCAUCCGCAGCGGCUACGAAGUCAUGUGAUCCAGCUCCACAGCUUAGCAAUGAGCAGGCCGCUCACGUCACACUUACUGGGAGCUUCUUUUGUAAACAUUGAAUAUGUUCAUCUUAUAAUUAAAGUUUGAUACACAGAACUAUAUAUAUUUUAAGUGUGAAUGAUGAGUCCGUUUGCAUGUUUUGCCGUUAGACAAAGUUUCUUAAAGAAAGCCAACCUCUGCAGUCAGCAGGUAGACUCUUAACUGUUCUGUUUGUCUGAUGAAAGGUUGGCUUAUGGGUCAAAUUGUGAUUUGCGGGUGUGGGCUGCGCAAAUAAAUUUAGAUUGUUAAUGAUCAUGAUGCUGUGGCGGCUUUGCUGAAAUUUUUUUAAAAAUCCAGCCGAUAAUGGUUGCAGCUCUAGCUAAUGCUGACUCAGCAUUCACAUUGUGGUUUUCCUGUUCUUUAUUUUUAUCUUCCUCUCCUGCUGUAUGUUGUUGCAUAUGUUUCUGCUUUUUUUCGACCUGUUUUGGCAUCGAGCUUCUUUCUAGUUUUUGCUGGUUCCAGGCUGCAGUUUUCCUUUUCUAUUAAAGACUCUUGAAAUUUCAUCUGAAUUUGCCACAAGUGUAAAUAAAAACCGGGAAAAUAAAUGGACCAUAUAAUAAUAAAA